AAAAUUUUCUCUAGUGUGAUAAAAUAAUUCUUAUUAGUAACAUACCCAAAAACUACUACUAACAAAAUUAUAUAUAUAGGAGUGUGGGGUGUGCGCGUGAGAGAGAACAAAAGAGUGAACCUCAAAACAUGGGAAAAGUAAAAGGAAAAGAGGAUGAAAAAAUUAACACUUAUUCUUGUGCUUGUGCCAUUGUUGCUUCUAUGAUCUCCAUCAUCUUUGGUUAUGAAACGGGUGUAAUGAGUGGAGCGUUGAUCUUUAUUGAAGAAGACCUUAAAAUCAACGACGUACAAAUCCAAGUCCUUGCCGGAAUCAUCAACUUCUGCGCUCUUGUUGGCGCCCUGAGCGCCGGCAGAACUGCCGACUACAUAGGCCGCCGAUACACCAUUUGCUUAGCCUCCAUCAUCUUCCUUUUGGGCUCGUUACUAAUGGCCUUUGCACCGACCUAUGCAGUUCUCUUGACAGGCAGAUGUGUCGCCGGAAUCGGAGUAGGGUUUGCCCUUGUAAUUGCUCCGGUGUACUCAGCCGAGAUCUCUGCCGCCAGUUCCCGUGGUAUUUUAGCUUCUUUACCGGAACUUGGAAUCAGUGUAGGAAUUUUAUCCGGUUAUAUUUCAAAUUACUUUUUCGCAAGUUUACCCUUAAACAUAGGUUGGAGGGUAAUGUUUGCAAUCGCAACUAUCCCUUCUCUAGGGUUAGCUAUUGGCAUUCUGGGAAUGCCAGAGUCCCCAAGAUGGCUUGUCAUGCAAGGCCGUCUUGGGGACGCUAAACGCGUCUUGUUAAAAGUGUCAAACACCAAAGAACAAGUAGAAUCUCGGUUGCAAGAUAUCAAGCUUGCAGCCGGGAUAGAUCCUGACUGUACUGACGAUUUUGUCAGACUGAAACAUAAUACGCGUGGUCAAGGCGUAUGGAAAGAAUUACUACUAAGACCAACGCCGCCUGUCCGAUGGAUGUUACUAGCUGCCAUUGGGAUCCAUUUCUUUGAACAUGCAACCGGGAUUGAAGCCGUGGUCUUAUAUAGCCCACGGAUUUUCAAGAAAGCCGGGGUUACAACCAAGAAGAAACUCUUAUUAGCAACCAUAGGAGUCGGUGUCACGAAGUUAAUUUUUAUAUUUUCGUCCACGUUCUUUAUUGAUAGAUCCGGAAGACGAAAACUUCUACAAAUAAGUGUUGGAGGGAUGAUUGUUGCCUUAUUAGGGUUAGGGUUUGCUUUAACCAUAGUGCAUCAAUCUCAUGACCAAAAGGUAGUUUGGGCACUUUGGUUAAGUAUAGCUACAUGUUAUCUAUAUGUAAUGUUUUUCUCAAUAGGGCUUGCACCAGUUACAUGGGUUUAUAGUAGUGAGAUAUUUCCACUAAAGUUAAGGGCACAAGGGGCAAGUAUUGGGGUGGCUGUGAAUAGGGCAACCAAUGCAACUGUGUCAAUGACAUUUUUAUCCCUCGUAAAUGCAAUCACCAUUGGUGGGGCAUUCUUCUUGUUUGCUGAGAUGGAAGAAGUUUUCACAAGAAGCAAGAAAUCAAGAAAUGUAGACACGGAGUUGCAGAGUCAAAAUAGUGUUGUUCGAGUGCCAUAA